CCUCCACCCAGUAUUUCUAGGAUAGGUAAUCCAUAAGACUAGUCUCGAUUUGGCUUAGACUCCGCCAAGCGGGACCCCUGACGAACGCUCCUCUGAGACCAACACCACUUUGCGUGUAACCACGCUUGUCAGCAGAAGAAAGAUCAUCAUAUAUCUCUGAUUUCUAAUCGUUCUCUCCCCGAGCAAGUGGUGUAGGUUUGUAUAAAUACUAGAAAAUGAUCUAUCUACUUUCUUCACCUCGUCAGUCUCAUACUCUCCAUCUCAACCUAACAUCGCAUCUAGUAUUUCACGCAGAGAGACCCUAAUCCGCUCGAAACAAUGUCUUCUCAAAGAGCUCUUGUCAUAAAGGCUGCAAAGGUCGCAGCCGUGAUCCCCGAUGCUCCCGUUGCUAAGCUUCGGCCGGGCUUCGUCAAAGUUAAGACCGUCGCCGUGGCUCUGAAUCCUACUGACUGGAAGCACAUCGACGGAGUCGGGGCUCCUGGCUGCACCAUAGGUUGCGACUAUGCCGGUAUUGUCGAGGAAAUUGGCCCGGAUGUUACGAAGCCAUUGAAGGUCGGCGAUAAGAUUGCCGGCUUUGUUCACGGUGGAAAUGCCGACAGACCCGAAGAUGGUACUUUCGCUGAGCACAUCGUGGUCCACCCUAGCCUUGCCAUCAAAGUCCCCGACAACCUCCCGAUGGAGGAAGCAGCGACGCUAGGUGUCGGCGUCACCACCGCCGGCCAAGGACUUUACCAGUCCCUCGGCCUCCCCUGGCCCAAUGCGCCGGCCGAAAAGCCGUUCCCGAUCCUGAUCUACGGGGGCAGCACCGCAACCGGCACGCUCGCGAUCCAGUACGCGAAGCUAUCCGGCCUCCAAGUUGUCACCACUUGCUCGCCGCGCAACUUUGAUCUCGUGAAGAGUCUCGGCGCCGACCACGUCUUCGACUACAACUCGCCAACCGCGGGAGCUGACAUCCUCAAGGUCACCAACGGAGAGAUCGCCCACGUCUUCGACUGCAUCUCGGAAGGAAACUCUCCCGCCAUAUCGGCUGAGGCUAUUGGCCCUAAGGGCGGGAAAUAUAGCGCUCUUCUACAGGUCGAUUCUCCUCGAAAGGAUGUCACCAGCGCGAUGACUCUGGGCUACCUAGCUGUCGGCGAGUCGUUCUCUAAACUUGGCAUGGAAUUCAAGGCUACUGCUGAGGACCACGAAUUCGCCUCCAAGUUCUGGAGUGUUACUGAAGAUCUGUUCGCUCAGGGCAAACUCAAGGCGCACCCGGUUAGUCUCCGUGAGGGUGGCUUAGACGGGAUCCUUGAUGGUCUAGAGGAGCUGAGGCAGGGCAAGGUUAGCGGCAAGAAAUUGGUUUAUAAGAUAUAAGUAAUCUCCAGAUGGAAAUACUUGAAGUUCU